AAAAAUCCAUCACUUUUGACAGGCCCAUCACUGUGGUGUCGCACGAUUGCGAUCUUGCAUGUUUUGGUUCAUUCAUGAACUUACAUCUCAAUAUGACCACUCGUCACUCGCACACCAUACACAAGCCUGUCAAAGUACUACCCUCCACGAGCCAACUCUGGCCGUUGCAUACCAAGCCUGACAACUACUUUGUCAAGUGGACUGGCGGUGAUUUGGGCCUCGCGCUUACUUCGGAGCCAGUUUGCGUGAGUCGCGUGACUGGCAAAGGAUGCCCCCAACGCCACCUGGAGCUUGUUCGACCCGGCGACGUCUUGCUCUCCGUGAAUGGCCUUCCCACCAAACACCUUGGAAUGGAUGUAGUCCUUCGCAUCCUUCGCCAUUGCCGCCUUCCCGCAACAUUGCACUUUGGUCGACCUGGCUUUGACGACUUUUGGACAUACCCUCACCGCAGCAGCAUGCCCAGUUUUUCCCCAUCCUCCCUCGGUUUAGAAACCCCUCGACCUCGUCGAAUGUCGUUCACACCGCCGAGCUGCUAUGUCGACGAUAUCACAAGUCCUCGCAACUCCAAGGGCCCAGUGAAAUCGCCCUUGGUGCCCAACCCGGCAGCUCCGGAGCGCGUCAGUUCCAUCCAUGGUGGCCGCCACUCGUCUCCUUUCUGAGCUCUUGUGUGCGAUUCAUUCCAUUGUAUUUAAUGCAAUACAAACGUCGAAAUCUCGCUUUACGGCGGCCUGUUGACUUGUUUGAAAUGGUGGCUACAUAUGCUGCAACUUAGGUAGGAAAUUGCCACCUCAAAACACUGUCGCCCCAUCCCCCUACUUGAAAAUGACCCUAUUAUUGUACGCCAUCUCAUCCAAACGAAAUGUUUGGCUUGAAUAGCUGGUUGGUUGCCUCAGCCGUCCGUAACCACAACAACUUAC